AUUUCAGUGAAUAAUUAACGGUGUACACAAAAUAAAUACUUAAUAUGUUGUUAAAUAAAUUAAAAUGGUCCAGGAUUCAUUCUACUUCGAUUUCUUAAAAUAGUAAACUGUUCAAAUAACAACUGGCCACUUAUAGAAAAUAUUAUAACAAGAAAAAAAAUAUUAUCAGAAUAAAUUACAUCGAUAUAGGAUAUUGUAGAAUGUGUGAUUGCGUGAUUUUGUUUGUAAUGUCCGGGGUAAAAUUAUAUUUUCAGUUAGGUAUUAAUUUAAACUCAUUUGUCCUUACAAAGUUUAAGAUCAUUUUUUAUUGUUCUGUUUUUUUAAAUUAUUUUUAAGGAAAAUAAAUAUUCUAUGAUUUUUUUUGUUUUAAUGCUAAAAGAAAUCAAUAUGUUGAGAAAUAUCCUCUCAAACUCUCGACGGUUGACUGGAAUAGAUAUUUUUAUGAGAUAACUCAGACACAUGACAUGUAAAUCUGAUGAUCUGAUGAUCUGAUGAUAUGAAACUUGACGGCAUUUAGAAUUUCAGCUCAGCUGAACUGGUGAAUAUCUAACAUAAAAGCUAUAACAAUUCUAACACUCUCAUUACCAUAUUACAAAUUAAAAACACCGUUCACUUGUGAAUAAAUUAUAAAAUACAUAUUAGUUCCUCUUUAGUUGAUGCGAUGCAUUAUCCCUGUGUGUUUACCAUUUUUGUAAUUUUUUUAACAAUUAUACAAUCUUCAUGCGUUCAGAAAAGCAAAUUUGGCACGGAGCCGAAAGAUUCCCAGUUGAAUUUCACCCAACUCGCCGGCAAAUAUGGAUACUACGCGGAGGAGCAUACAGUGACGACAGAAGACGGAUAUAUACUGAAGAUCUUCAGGAUGAGAGCGAGACAGUGCGAGGGAGAGAGACCACCGGUGCUGCUGAUGCACGGACUUCUAAUGAGUUCGGACUCUUUCUUGAACGCAGGUCCAGGGAAUGGGCUGGCGUAUCUGUUGUCUGAUGUCUGCUUCGAUGUCUGGAGUGGAAACGUCAGAGGGAACUAUUACUCUCGAGCCCAUGUGACUUUAAACCCAAACGAAGCUGAUUUCUGGAACUUCUCUUACGACCAAAUGGGGUAUUAUGACAACCCAGCGAUAGUAGACCACAUUCUGAAGACAACUGGGCACAAGAAGCUGAGCUACAUCGGAUAUUCCCAAGGUACUGGCAUCGGCUUCAUAAUGUGCUCCGAAAGACCCGGCUAUUGUGACAAAUUGAACAUUUUCAUAAACCUAGCACCUUCAACACGACAUUUGUAUACGAAGUCUCGGUUCGCACGAGCGUUAGUUAUGUUUUUCAUGAGACAUGAGCGUUUAUUUGAGAAAGCGGGCGUUCACGAGUUGCUCAGGAAGUCUGAACCUAACGCAAUGACGCAUUUUAUUGUCGAGUUUUGUCACACGAGAAUGGGAGAGGCUAUGAUGCGUUCUAUUAUAAGUUUGUUGGACAGCUAUCACAGGAAAUCAUUGAGCAGUUCGACAGUGAGGACAGUCUGUGGCCGGUCUGCAGCAGGCUCGUCUUUACGCACCGUAGUGCAGUACGGACAAGCUAUGAAGAGUAAAUGCUUCCAGAAGUUUGAUUACGGCGCUGACAAUAUCAAGAUUUAUGGCAGUGUGGAACCUCCCAGUUACAAUUUACGAGCAACCACUGCCCCGGUAGUCUUGUUUUACGGUGAAAAAGAUGGUAUGGUCGACCCUAUAGAUGUUAUGUGGUUGGCGGCACAACUACCGAAUUUGGUCGAAGCAUAUUUGGUGCCGGAUCCGAAGUGGAAUCACAUGGACUUCGGAAACGGCCAAGACAUGCCAAAAUUGAUAUUUCCUAAAAUCAAACAAUACUUGCUUCGAUAUAUAGAGUAAUCGUAAUAAACUGUUUUUCAUUUCUUCCAUAUAUUUUAAUAAUUUUGUAUUUAGUACGACCUAAGAAUGUUGGGUAUUAUAGCAACCGUAUUUUUUUAUUAAUAGGUAUGUCACAUUUAUCAUUUACUGACCAGUAAUAAAAAAAUGAAAAAAUAUAAUAUUGUGAAAAAAGAAA